AUGGGGUUCUCCCGAGGUAGCAUCCUCUCCAUUUGCUCUCCCAAUGUCCCUGAGUAUUGCUCCGUGUUCUUUGGGGCUUUGGCCUCAGGCGGGACGGUCAGUCCCGUCAACCCCACCUACACUGCAGGGGAACUCGCCUACCAGUUUGAGAACUCAGCCACUGACAUGAUUGCCACUGUCCCUGCACUUUUGCCAACUGUCCAGAAGGCGGCUGAGAAGGUAGGGGUCAAGAAAAUCAUUGCGAUUGGUAGAGAAGGGGAAAGUUGUAACAGGAGCUCUAAUCUGAUUGCCUAUGAUCAUCUUCUGGAGGAUAGUGGUUCUGCUUUCAACCAAGUCUUUGUCGAUGCCAAACAAGAUAUAGCCGUCCUCCCAUAUUCUAGCGGAACAACUGGAUUACCGAAAGGUGUAAUGGUGACACACUACAAUAUCACUACCAACAUUCUCCAACUGGGACAUUCUGAACUCCUCUACUUACACAAGGAAGGUACCACACUCCUUGGUGUGUUACCUUUCUUCCACAUGUAUGGCAUGGUUACAGUUCUAUUCUCAUCAUUGUAUGCAGGCAGCAAGGUAGUGUCUCUAUCCAAGUUUGAGCCUGAACUCUUCCUGAAUGCAAUCACCAAGUUUAAGACAGAACUAGUCCACGUUGUUCCUCCUCUCAUUCUUUUUCUUGCCAAGCAUCCAACAGUGGUUAACUAUGACCUCUCUUGCAUUAGGCAAAUCACUGCAGGGGCAGCCCCACUAGGUAGAGAGUUGGUCGAAACUGCCAGAAGUAGAUUGAAGUGUGAUGUAAUUAGACAAGUUUAUGGACUAACAGAAAGUGGAUGCGUACACAUGGCUCCUGCUUCCCUCAGCAAGGAAAAACCACAGUCUGUUGGAGUUCCAAUCAAGAGUAUGGAUGUAAAAGUGGUGGACCCUGAAACCAAUGAGGCCCUAUCAGCUGGGGAAGAAGGAGAGGUUCUGAUCAGGGGUCCAAACAUCAUGAAAGGUUACCUUAAUCUUCCGGAUGCCACCAGGAGCUGUAUCACCGGUGACGGUUGGUUUCGUACCGGGGACAUUGGCCACUUUGACAAGGACGGCUGGUUCUACAUCACAGACCGACUCAAGGAGCUGAUCAAGGUGAAGGGUUUGCAGGUGGCCCCGGCAGAGCUGGAAGCUCUCUUGGUGACCCACGAGAAGAUCGCCGAUGCCGCAGUCGUCGGAGUGACCGACGAGAGACUGGGGGAGGCUCCGAGAGCCUACGUUGUGAAGGACGACUGCAGUCUCCAGGAGAGAGAGGUGGAGGAGUACAUUGCUAGGAGGGUUGCCAAACACAAGCAUCUAGUAGGUGGGGUCCAAUUUGUUGACGCCAUUCCUAAGUCUGCUUCUGGGAAGAUUCUGCGCCGUUUAUUGAAAUGA